CAGCGGUCUCGCACAGUCAGGUUGAUGGAGAGUACAGGAGAGAGAUAGAGACUCGGUGGAGAUGUAGCAAACAACGGAAACUAUUUCAACGCUCUCUUUUCACAUUUAUGCUGCAUUUUUAUUUUCUCCACAUAUUUUUUUAAAAACUUAUUUUAUUUAAAAAUUCACGGCGGUUUCGCCGCUUUACGGUCUGAGUCGUGUAUCCUUGGCAACGUGAACAACUGUCCUGCGAAGUUUGGAUCAAGUGUUGGACCUUCAGGCAGAAAAUAAACUGGAUGUUUACCCGCCGGACCGACGGAACCGGCUCGGCUGUGCGUGUGGCCGCUUGAGGAACUUUUUAAAACAGUUUUACUGAUUUUUAACCCGCUUUUAAUAUUUUAAACCCGGUGUUUAGGGAAACGGGACAGCGCGAGACAAUAGUAGUGUGUGUGUGUGUGAGAGGGAGAGAGCGAGCUCGUGCAGGAGGCGGGGAGGAGGGGGAGGAGGAGGGUCGAUGCGGUGCGGGAGCUUUGUUCUGUCCUGCGUGGAGGAGACCCACCGCGAGCCCGCUCCGGAUAUCUGACUGAUCGAUGUUGCUGAUUGAUUUGUGAUUGAGCCGUUGGAGCCAACAUGGACGUGACUCUGUCCGAGUUGUUGGCCACUUUCAUGGAGUCACCGCUCGUGCUGUGGGUGCGGACGUUGGGUCCUUUGGGUUCAUGUGAUGUCGUAGGCUCAGAGGAGCGGGUCAACAUGUUCAUGGAGCUGGUGGACGGUGUCUUCCUGCACAAGAUCAUGACACACAUUGACCCCAGCCCAACCAAUCAGAGGUUGAACAAGAAUGUGAACAAUGAUGUCGCGCUUCGCCUUCACAACCUUACCGUUCUCACCAGACACAUCAGGACGUACUACCAGGAGACCUUGCAGCAGUUGAUAGUCAUGCCCCUUCCUAACAUCCUCUGCAUUGCCAAGGAUCCGAUAUCAGCGAGGAGCAUGGAGGACCUGAAAAGACUUUUGUUGCUGAUACUAGGCUGCGCUGUCCAGUGUGAACGUAAAGAGGAGAUGAUAGAAAAGAUCAAGCUGCUGGACAUUGAGACCCAAGCUGCCAUCGUCUCUCACAUCCAGGAGGUGACUCAUAACCAGCUGAAUGUUCUCGACCUGUCCUGGCUGGAGGAGGGAUCUGAGCUCACACAUGAAGAACUGGAACCUCUGUCCCGCAACAUGGCUGUGUCGCUACAGCAACUGAUUGACCAGAGAGACAAAGCCAGUGAGGUGAUUGUGGAUCUGACCCAGGAGAGAGACUAUCUCUGCAGUCAGCAACCCCAGGAAGGGUGCAGGAAUUUGGGCAUGAACAGCCCAGAGCGUGGCCACAAUUCUGGAGGAGACAUGGGUGUGAAUAAUGGAGGAUCGUCUGCAAUCGUGUCUAAGCUGACCAAAGAGGAGAAGCAGCAUCUGUCUGUAGAGCUCGCUGAUACAAAGUCCAAGCUCCGCAGAUACAGACAAGAACUGGAGGAGAAGACAGAGCAGCUGAUGGAUUCAAAGCAUGAAGUGGAGCGUCUGGAUCAGGAGUUACAGAGGCUGAAACAGGAGAACCAGUCUCUGUCCUGUGAGGCUCGUUCGGUCAGAGUAUACCGGGACGAGGUCGACUCUCUGAGGGAAAAAGCGUCACGGGUGGACCGUCUGGAGACUGAACUAUCGAGAUGUAAAGAGAAACUCAACGAUGUUCACUUCUACAAGACCAGAGUGGAGGAGCUUCGUGACGACAAUUUGACUCUGAUGGAGACAAAGGUGCUGUUGGAGGAGCAGCUGUCGGCUUCCAGGGGGCGCUGUGAUAAACUGCACACAUUGGAGAAAGACAACCUGUUACUACGAGCUAAAAUACACGAUCUGGAGAUGGAGAGGGACAAUGAACGUCGAAGGUUGGAGGAGCUGGUGGAGGAGAACAUGCUGCUGGAGAUUGGACAGAAGCAGAGCAUGAAUGAGUCAGCUCACCUAGGCUGGGAGCUGGAACAGCUAACCAAGAACCAUGACAACACUAACACAGAGACUCGUAAGUCGUUGGUUCAUGAGCUGAACGAGUGUGUCUCCAGCCGGGUGUUAAAGCUCGAGAAGGAAAACCGGGAGCUUCAGACUUCGAUAGAGAGACUGAAAGAGGACAACCACCUCCUGCAGGAGCAGCAGCUCCACACACAGGAACUGGACAGGGAGAACCAAAGCCUCAGCAAGAAGUUGGAGCGUCUUCAGGGUUUGUUGGAUCAGGAGAGACUGACCAAUCAGGACAUGGAGUCUCUGGGAGAGGACAUACUGAAAGAAAAACAGAGUCUGGAGAGAGAAAUGCACACUCUGAGGGCAGAGAGAGACAGACAGAUCUCAGAGUUGGAGAGUGAGAAGCAGCACCUCGCUGACGCAGUGGCGUCCCUUCAGGAGCGCGCUCAGUCAAACAACGAGGCGAGGGUCCGUGAGGUAGAAGUCGAAAACCGCCUGCUGCACCAGAACAUCACUGACACCAGCUCCCGAUUGGCCAGCUUAGAAACCCAGCUCAAAGUGGUCAGUGAGGAGGCAGAGAGGCUGAGGGAGAGGGCGGGGCGGUGCGAGGAGGUGGAAAGAGAGGCAGCGAGGCUGGAGAGGAGCAGGGACGCUCUGAAUAGAGAGGUCACCUCCUUGCGUGCAUGCAGCGAGCGGUCUGAGGCUCUAGAGAAGCAGGUGUCCUCCCUGGAGCAGGAGAUGCACAGGCUGAAGCGGGAGGCAGAGGAGGCCCAGCGUGAGCUGCAGAGACUGGGGAGGCACGAGGCGGAGAGCACCCUGCUGUCGAAGGAAAACCUGGAACUGCGAUGCUCCCUGGAAAACCUGCGCUCCUCAACCGCCCGCCUGGCCACCCUACAGGAGGAGCAUAAAGAGGCCCAGAGAGAGACACAGGAGCUGCACAGGAGGCUGGAGGAAGCCAGAGAGGAGGUGCAAGGAGAGAGGAAGAGGGUAGAGAGGCUUGAGCUGAACGUGGCAGCUCUGAACCAGGAGAAGCACAGCUUAGAGGAGGUAAUACAGAGAAGCAAAGAAGAGAAGGAAGAGAUCGAGGGAGAGAGGCGGGAGACACACAACAGAGAAGAAGAGCUGAAAAGGGAAGUGGAAGUACUGAAGGUGGAGCAGAGAAGAAAGGAGGAAAUUGACAAGGAGAGGAGGAAGCUGCAGUUGGACUUGGAGCAGUCGGAGAAGGGCAGGAAGCACUUGGAGAAAGAGAGCUGGAGGAUCAGAACACUGUUGGAGGGUAAAGAGACGGAGCUGGAGGAGAAAACCAGGCGACUGGUGACGGUGGAAAAAGAGGGUACGGCUCUGAGUAAGGAGGUCAAUAGGCUGAAGGAGGUGGCGGUAAAAGCCAAGGAGCUGGAGAGGGAGAACAAAGAGCUGCAGAAACAGGCGACUAUUGACAAGAGGACUCUGGCUACUCUGAGAGAGGAACUGGUGUCAGAGAAGCUGAGUGUUCAGCAGCAGAGUGUUGAGUUGGAGAGGCUUAACGAAGAACUGGAGAAGAUUGGACUGAACAGAGAAAAACUGCUGCAGCAAGAGCACACGCUGGAGGACAGCAGGUACAGGCUGCUGGAGUCUCGGCUGGAGGAAACUGUCCAACAGACGAUGAAGAUUAAAGAGGAGAAAAUCUCAAGUCUAGAGAGGAAAGUAGAAGAGAGCAGCGCACUCAACGCUACGCUACGUGCUGAACUAGCUACCGCGCGUCAGACACUGUCUGCACUGCGUCAACAACAGGAAGAGGAAGAAAACCACAACUCCCAGCAGCGCUCAAGAAGUGACCAGGGUCAACGGUCAGCCACUGCCGAACUGCUACGAAUCAAAGAUCAUCUCAUUGAUGUAGAAAAGAAUAACGCCUCCCUGCAGACAGAGAGCAGUCUGCUGAAGGAGCAGCUGAAACAGCUGGAGAACCAGAACGCUUCUCUAAACAGCCAGAUGGUGGCACAGCAGCGACACACCUCCACCCUGCAAGAGCAGAACUCAGCUUUACACACACAGACCGCAAAACUACAGGUGGAGAACUCCACCCUCUCCUCCCAGAGCGCAUCUCUCAUGGCCCAGAAUGCAGUGCUCCAGGGUCAAGUCACUGCCUUGGAGACCGAGACGGAGUCGUGGCAGCGGCAGCGCGAGGAGGCGUGGCGGGGCAGGGAAAGCGUGCUCAGCGACCAUGAGCGCCUGCUAAGCGUUCACGAGAGGCAAGCCCACGAGUACGAGCAGCUGAUCAGUCAGCACACUGCACUGAAAGGCAAACAGAGGGCGCUAGAGAGCGAAUACAAGACACUGCAGAGCAAGUUUUGUACUUUGGUGCAGCAGAAGGAGAAAUGGGAGGAGCAGGAGGGCCGUGGUCGGAAAGAAAAGGAGGAACUAAACCAGCAGAUCCAGAAGAAUCGGCUGCUACAGCAAGAGAAUCUGCAGCUCAAAACAGAAGUGGACAGAUUCACAGAGAGCCAAUCACAGCAGUCGGAACAAAGUGAGGGGCUCCAGCAGCGUAUGAAUGAACUCAAGAGCUCAUUGAGCUCUGCCCAGCUGGACGUGAGUCGAUGGAUGGCCCGAUAUGACACGCUCAUGGAGCAACACCAGGGCCUGGAUCUGACCAUGACCAAACUAGACAACCACUGUGAGCUGUUGAGUCGAUUGAAAGGAAACCUGGAAGAGGAGAACCACCACCUCCUGAGUCAGAUCAACCUGCUGAGUCAGCAGAACCACUCUCUGCUGGAGAGGAGCAUGGAGAGCAAAGAGCUGUAUCACCAGGAGCAAAAACUAUACAUUGAUAAACUGAACGCUCUUCGACGUCAGAAAGAGAAGCUCGAGGAGAAGAUCAUGGACCAGUACAAGUUCUACGACCCCACACCUAAAAAGAGGAGUCAGUGGUCUGGAGCCAAAGCUUUAGCCAAACUGAUCAAACCCCGAAAGGAGGGCAGCAGGGAGAGAGGGAGCGACAGAGACAAGGAAGGAGGCAAAGACAGAGAGCGAGCCAAGUGUGCCCCAGACAUCCCACUACCCGCUCUGCCUCCCCUCCUCCCACCUGAAACACCACCUCCAGUUCCUCUGCGGACAGCAAGCGACAUGCAGGACGGCGGCCACGCUCACAGUAACCACAAUAACCACACCAUCAGCCCCACUUUGGGACCCCAGAGUCCAGCCCUCACCCCCAUCAGCCGAGGUUUGACUGACAGGAGCCGGGGUGUUUAUCGUAGCAGCACUCCAGGAGGCAGCAAUGAGAGCAUCAAUGGAGAAGAUGGACAUGGUCAGGCCCAUAAAGCUCUAAGCUCCACUCCGAGCCACCAGUCCUCUCUGAGUCUAACCAACAACUCCAGCUCCAGACUGGCACAAGGCCCCGGCCGCAGACCCCGAGGUCUGUUAUAUGAUGAAGACUCUCGCCACAACAACCCAGACUCCAUGUUUGGUCACCACGGCAACACGGGCGGUCGCCCAGGAUCAGCAGACUACAGCCACAACACCUCCAGCUCCAACUCACCUGUCAACUGCAGAGACACAUCUGAUCGUCAGGUUCGCUCAGCCAGCCUCUCUAGUGAUGAUGUCAUGGGUCUCAGCCAAUCACACCAGACUCUGUCACGUAGUUCCACCCUCCCAUACGACCACACACCUCAGAGGGCCCAACCACAGCGAGGCGUCGGGGUUAGGACGAAGGCCCGCUCAUCUUCUCCUGGAAGUGAGAUGGUGACGCUGGAACAGUUUCUACAAGAGAGCAACAUACAGUCACCUCCUAUGGUGUCUACAGGAAGCAGGGAGGACUUGAUGGCAGACUAUUUCAGAAGUCCCGCCCCCUCUGUGCCCGCUGGCAGAGACCAGGUGACUCCCACCAGCUAUGUCACGCCCACUGUACAGUCAUCCAACCAGAGGCCGGGUCAGAGUGUCAAGCCCUCGCCUCGCCAGCCUGUCGGCCAAUCCCCAUCCACGGGCCAGCCUGUCGCCCAGAGAACUGGCCAAUCACUGAGCAGAGCUUUCAGCCUGGCCUCGGCUGAUUUGCUGCGCUCCAAUGGACCGGACAGUUUCCGUGGAAACGAAGGGCAAUCAGAUGUGGUUAUUCGUAGACAAGGAGGAGGGGCUAACGGGAGGGAGCGUCCUCUCUCUGCUCGCCUGGCUGGUCCGACCAAUCAGCAUGCAGACGGCAGCCUCCUGAACCCGCCGAUUCAUCAUUCAUCCUCUCUGAAUCUGCAGACGGAGAGAUAUGGCGAGAGGGAGAGAGAGCGAGGGAGGACCCCCGUCUCUCGAAAUGGCCCCUCCUCGUCGUCCUCCUACCAUCACCGUGGAGAGGUCGCCAUGGUAACCCCCGUCAGAGCCGUGCCCGCCACGCAGCCCGAAGAAGCCUCUGAGCAAGGCGAGGUGUCAAGGGAGGGCCGGCCGGGUGACUCCUCACACCUAAAGAAGGAAAGUGAGAGAGUGAGGUGUGGCUCUGUGGAACGGCCAAAAAGCACACCAGCCUCCCCCGACCCCAACAACGACCCGCAGACCGUGUGGUACGAGUACGGCUGUGUCUAAACACUGAAACUGAGUACUCGACCUACGAUGGGCUGAAAACUGGAGCUGUGAUGUGAUCAGUCCAUGGAGUUGUUUUGUUGUUUACGGAUAAGUUUGGCUUAAAUACAACAUCGAUUGUGAAUCUGUCUAAAUCCUGGAAAACGUUUCUGUUUGUAUUUUAUGGCAAAAAACUUUGUUGAUGAACAAGCUAACGUGAUUACAGACACCGUCUGCCAUCAGAGCUAAGGAGCUGUCAAAACGACUCGACCUGAGUCUGCUUGGUUUCAAUUGGUAACCGCUUUUCAUCACAAGCUGAAUCUCUGCAAGGCGGAUUGAACACAAUAUAGACCUCGAUCAUUAGCGGUCUUUUUAAGGAUUUAACUCGAACACCUCAACACUAUAGAUGAUCUUUGAGAAUGCUGGAUUUGAUCAGCUUCUGCUGUUUAAUUAUCACCAAGUUUACUGUGCAGCAACAAGCAGCCUGAGCUCACGGGAGGGGUUUGUUUGUUUUGUAUUUGUUUUAAAAGAAAUGUGGAUGUUUGGACCAGAUGAUGAUCCAGAUGUGCAAAAUUUUUAGCUGACAUUACUGAUUUCUGAGAAUCCAUAACACUUAAAGCCUGCAGGACCAGAGGACAAGUGCUACAUGCGUAGUUGUGGACCAGAAUACUAAGGAUGGGCUCAGUCUAUGAGCUGGAACUCUGGACUGCUGACCGACGCACUGUGUGGCCCUUGCUAACGUUUACAUGGACGAUACCAAUCCCCCCCCCAAAAAAACAAACAAACUGUACGCCAGGACUUCUCCGUCACUGAGAGGGGUGACUAAAGUGAAGGCGACCAGAAGCACCAGAGGGACUGAAUGUAUCAGAUUUGUUUUUUUCUCUCCUCUGGUAUCAGGAACAAACACUGGAAAAGACGAGGGAGGUGGAGGAAGCAAGUGGAGGAGAAAGAGGGAGAAAUGGUGGAGGGAUGUGGGGAUAGAGAGGGUGGUAUCGUAAUGGGAGGACGGAUAGAUAAACAGAACAGAGAUGGAGGGACUGUCCCAGCAUGCAACACUCUGACACUUUACUAGAAAUGUUGCUUGGCCCGAGCCAACACUAGCUUGACAAACACACCCAAUGCACACGUAUUAUACACACAAACAGCGACAUCGUCUUUGAGGGAGGUGGUUGUGGCUUCGCUAAACAUUGAGCUGGACUUAAUUCACACACACAACUGGGUAAACCACUGUGGGUGUACCGCUGCACGCGAAGUUAGCCACACGGGUUGUAAGCACUGCACAACCAAUGGAGGAGGAGCUGAAUCCAGACCCUCUGUGAUCUGGAUCGUUUUAUGACUGAACUGAAUGUACCAAGUGUUUUGUAGAUUGUCAUGUGAUCAAAAUCAUCCAGGUGUUUUCAUUUCAUGAUUACCACUGACCACUAUGCAUUGCAGCUAGCACUAUGGGCGACUGUCAGCAGUGAGCACGACCUAACCUGGGACUGAACACAACCUGCAGUGGUCAGCCUGGCAGUGAACACAGUAGCCUGCUGAGGUGUUUUUCUUGCAGAGUUUGACCAAAAUCACUGAAUAAAGUUCUAAAGUUGUGCUUUUGUGCAGUAAUCAGCGAGGCCCGGCCGUAGAUGACUGCAGCAGCCCUCACAAUCACUCAGAUACUGGAGGACAGAUGUGAUAAAAACACUUACACAACAAGUUAGACUUCAUAGAGACUUUAAACCUGCAGCAAUGAAGUGCAGAAUAAACCAUAAAACGGUGACUGAGCCGAUUAAAAAAAAUCUGACUGAUCAGUAAUUUUAACAAUGAACGUUAUUGUCCAAAACGACAGCAGUGCACCAAAUUAUAAAUAAAUUCAUAUUGGACAACAUACACACCGAUACUGGCCGAUAUAUCAGUUGGGCUUUACAUGAACACGUGGAGACACAUGGAUGAUUUUAGUAUAUGUGUUGCGUUCACUGACAGGUGACUGCUGUAGGAAUUUACAAAUACUCUGUGUAUUCUUUCUUCUAAGCUCAUUUAAGCAGAGAAAAUAUGAGGAAGAGGAGGAGUAGUAUCACCCCCCUGGAGACAGAUAAAAAAUGAAUCUAAUGUUAAUGAUGUUGAUCAACUGACCCAUUGUCUGUACUGCUGUUUGUAAAUACCAGCCUGUCCUCGCUGCAUUAUUAAUGAACUGACGGCAAAAACAUUUCCUAAAAGCAAGGAGGAGGAGGAAGACGAUGUAACACCGGUGUUAACUGGAAUCCAUCACGCUUUGAACAAAACUGUUAAUAUGCAACAAGAUAAAUUAUUCUACCUGUAACAUUUGUACAUGACAUUAGAUUUUAUAAACUGGUCAGAUAUUUCUUGUCGAUACCAAAAAAAAAAGAAGAAAAAACCCAGAUCAAAUCCUGUUCAAAAGUUUGUGAUUUCACUGUAAAACUUCAAGAUUUGUAGAUUGUUUUUAAGUGAUAGUUGUGAGAUCAUGUCAUGAUGUGAAACACUGUAGGUUGAUGCUGUUUGGGUUGGUGUGUGUCGCCUUUCUUUAUGUCUGCACUUAAGUCAUCUCAGUCCUCAGAGCCCCGACCGUAUGGACAGCUUUCCACACAUUUCAUCUCCUGUCUUGUCUGGUUUCUGUGUCACCGUACUCUCGACUCCCUUCAUAACUCAUCAGUGUUGGUGACCCUGGUGCUUCAUGCUCGGUGGACCAACAGUUCUCCAUCUGGGGGCACUGUCGAAAUAAAAAGGUGCAAACAAACAACGUCACAUGAAAGAAGACGUUGAAGUGGAUCGUACGUCACUGACAUUUCGUGCUCUAACUGGAAUAACUGCUACUAUAGUUCACUUUAUGACUUGCUGACUGCUAUGCUGUGAUGUGACUACUGUUAAAAGGCUACUAGUGUGAUUCAGUAGAGAAUGAGCUCGAUGUUAUUACACCCCAAAAAAGCUUUUUGAUAAUAAAGAUUUAUAAACUUGAA